GUUAUUUUUGCCAAGCGAGAACAUCUAACGGGGCAAAUGAGAACAGUAUCUAAAAUAGGAGUUUUGUCUUCGGAUACAGUUUUGGAUGAUGAAGGAUUAUGUCGAUUUAAAGAAGGCUUAGGUCCUUGGAGUUCACAUGAGCGGAACUGGAUGCGACUUGUGCUUAUUCGACGAAACCAAUUUAUCAUAUUGUUAUAUGAACACACUCGAAAUACAAAACCCGAUAAUCAUCAAACCUAUGAAACGAAAUUAGAUCCAACAGACCACGACAAAGCAAGAAGUUUUUCGUUACCUAUCACUGAUCGUUCAUUGUACAAUCUUCCUACACCCACGAUUGCGAUCAAAGGCAUAUAG